GUGGAUUUCGCCUUCAUCGUGUGGCAGAGUUCCCAGAGAGGAUUGUGGGAUAUCCGGCCCGGAGCCAUUACUGGGAUAGCUCCCCGGUCGCGCUGGGGCUACACGUCCAAAUGGACCAACGACUAUUCAAUGGUGCUAACAGGGGCCGCCUUCUACCACAGGAGACACCUCUCUUGUUCUUCCCUUCCCCCCCUUCCUCUCCCUCUCCCCCCUCCUCUGCUGUCACCCCCCUCCCCCAUCUCCCCCUCUCCUCUGUCGCCCCUUGUCUCCCCCCCAGCUCCCCCCUUCUUCCCCCAUCUCCCCCCUUCUCCCCCCUCCUCCCCCGGCUCGAAGACGUCCCGCUGGGCCGACCCGGACCACUUCGCCCAGAGGCAGAGCUGCAUGAACGCCUUCAGCCGCUGGCUCGGCUUCAUGCCCCUGCUGCACUCCCAGAUGAGGCUGGACCCAGUGCUUUUCCGGGACCAGGUGUCCAUUCUGAGGAAAAAGUACCGCGACAUUGAACGAUUGUGA